AAGUCCGUUUUUUAAGUGCCAUGAACCCAAAAGAAGAGAAAAAGUUGGGAGCUAGUCGGGGUUAGUUUGAAUACCAUACAAGGAGCAAACGUGUGUCCCCUUCCAUCCGAAUCCGCUGGCAGCCGACGACGACGAACAAACAAAAUAAGACAAUGAGUAUAUACUGUGUAACGCUGAACGGCCCAGCACCUUGGGGAUUUCGGCUCCAGGGAGGAAAGGACUUCAAUAUGCCACUCACGGUGUCCCGGCUCACCCCGGGGGGGAAGGCAGUCCAGGCGGGCGUGGGAGUUGGGGACUACGUGGUGUCUAUCGGGGACGCCAAUGCUGAGGAGAUGACUCAUGUGGAGGCACAGAACAAGAUCAGAGCAGCGACGGAUGCUCUAGCUCUGUCCCUCAGCAGAUCUUUCGCUUCAGGAACAGAACAGAAGGCCGCACCUCCUUCCGCCUCCAAUCAGCCAAAGUACUCCUUUGCACCCAGCACAGCCCUAAACAAGAUGGCUCGGCCAUUUGGUGUUGGGGGCGGCAACACCAGCACACAAGCGGUGGUCAAACCCAUUGCUUGCGCCCCAAAGUUUGACCUGGGCUCCAGGGCCUCGGUCAGGGUGCUUCAGCCACAUAACGGGGCUGGAAACAUUUGUCUGGAUGUCCUUGACAAGGGGGACGCUUACAUUGAGAUGCUCCCUGAGACCAAUUCCAGGCACGGUCUCCGGGCAGAGGGCGCGCCUUGCUUCAUCCCCAAUGACCGUGGCAAGAAACGUCUGAUCGAAGACACGCAGGACUGGCAGCCUCGCACGGGCACCACCCAGUCGCGCUCCUUCCGCAUCUUGGCCCAGCUCACAGGCACUGACUUCAUGCAGGACCCAGAUGAUGAGAACCUGAAGAAGUCCAGUCAAACCCCAGAGUCUAAACCUGUGGCACCCUCAGCAGACAAACCCAAUGAAACUAAAUCGGCUCCUAAGGCCCCAGCCCCUUCUACAGGCCCGUCCUGCCGCCCGCCCUGGGUUACAGACCCCAAUUUCGCCAGCCGUUACCAUCCAGAUAAGACCAGUACGGUGCUGACCCAACAUAGCAAGCCGGCCCAGCCAACGCCCAUGCAGAACCGCAACUCCAUCCUACAGGCCGCCCAGCAGGCUCCGUCUGACAGUGGGAGAACCCCACUGUGUGCUGCCUGCAACAAGAUCAUCAGGGGACGCUAUCUCGUUGCCCUGGGGCGCUCCUGGCACCCAGAGGAGUUCACCUGCUCCCAGUGUAAGGUGAUUCUGGAGGAGGGAGGCUUCUUUGAGGAGAGGGGCUCCAUCUUCUGUACCAAGUGCUAUGACAACCGUUAUGCACCUAACUGUGCCAAGUGCAAGAAGAUCAUCACUGGGGAGAUCAUGCACGCCCUGAAGAUGACCUACCAUGUUCAGUGUUUUAUGUGUGCUGCCUGCAAAACCCCCAUUAGGAACCAGGCCUUUUACAUGGAGGAGGGAGAGCCUUACUGUGAAAGAGACUACGAGAAGAUGUUUGGUACUAAGUGCCAUGGCUGUGACUUCAAGAUUGAUACUGGUGACCGGUUCCUAGAAGCACUUGGCUACAGCUGGCAUGACACUUGCUUUGUCUGCGCUAUUUGCCAGAUGAACUUGGAAGGGAAGACGUUUUACUCCAAGAAAGACAAGCCCCUAUGUAAAGGUCAUGCAUUCUCUCCCGUGUGAGACUGUGCAUACGAAGUAGUCAUAGGGAACAAUAGGAAUUAACAGGUUGCUGUCCUGUUCAUCCACCCAGUAUAUCAUUGCUUCUAAGCACCUCACUCCCACCUUUUUUUUUGACACAUGCCACCAGUAUUUGUGGAGCAAAGACAGGAACUAUCCCACUUAUUGCCAGUUUUCCUUUACUAACCAACGUUAUUGUCGUAAUCUCUUGUACUUUCUAACUUAAGACUUUGACAAUCAGGAGUGUAACAGUAAUUGUUGGCAUGGAUACUCCAUCCACUUGGCAACAUGCCCAAUUUGGAAUGUAUGAAGUCUUCACAAGCCUUCACAGUGCUUGUCGGUAGUUGGCAGGCAUGUAGUCAAAUUCACACUAUGAUUUCCUGCAAUGAGCAAAGCAUUCAUUCCAAUUCAAACUGAUACUUAUUGUUUUUUUGUUAUUUUACUGUGUGACAUCUGUACUUGCACAGUGUGUUUUCAAAAGUAGUUUGUUGUGGCGUUUUCAUUUAGGAAUGUUUGCAUGACAGCUGUCACCCUUUCUCUCUCGAGCUUUCUAGUGUAGCUGAAAUAGACUUUCUGCACUUUUCCAGAAAUACCAUUGCACUGUAUAUAGAAUCACAUUUUGGAUGCCUAAAGUGUUUUAAUUAUUAUCACACGUUUUUUAUGCAUUGCUAACACUAUUUUGUGUGCCAAACACCUUUACCAAUGUAGUUUUGGUAAAUCCAAAGAUCAUCCAAAGAUACUAGGAAACCAAGCACAUUAGCAUUGUAUGUUUUACAUCGAACCAAUGCACGAAUGUGAACUCAUCUUAGAUGCUGAAUAUUUAACAAGUAUCAUGCUAACCAGGGGGACAAGUGAAAAUUGGGUAAGCACUGGUGUAUGUGAAAUGGAUUUCAAGGGUCCCUUGAUUCCUUAAGUUAAUGAAGAACUUGAUAUCUUGAGAUGAUGGCUGUGUUUUAAUGUCACAUUAGAUUUCCUAGAAAGCACUACCAUAUUUGUAAUGUUCGUGAUCGGUUAUCUGUAGCCCACCCAGAUUAUGUGUAUUUUGUAAUAGCUACUGCUAAAUACAUUUGUUUUUGCUUAACAAAUUAAACGUUUUGGCUUAAAUUUGAUAUAGUUGCUGUACAGCAGCUGCUCCUCACCCAUGAUGCAGAAAUGCAGCUCGGCUUAUGAACUUGCCUACGCCUCUAUCUGUGCCUUAUGCCAGCCGUCUUGCGUCUUUCCUGGGGUGCUAGUCUACCAUUAUACGCAGGGGAGUGAUUCCAUCUCGUGCCAUCAAAUGAGGAGAUAACUCUGAAUGUUCAGCAUGUCUCCUCGGUGAUAUAAGCCUCACACCGCGGUUCUACUGACAGUCCUCAGACACUGACUUGCAGUAAAAUGUAUCGAGCAGUGGUCCGCUGUGCCCAGAUUAAUCUGGGAUUAUUUUUAAAUGUACUUUUAAGUGACUAAAAAUACGAAUGAGCGGUAACCUUAACAGCCAUUUUGCUGAUGGAUUUCCACACCCCCCCCCCCCCUGCAUGCUUUAUGAAAUGUAACUUGACAAAUUGCAGUGUCUUUUUUCAAGAAAUAAUGGCGAUGGUCUUGCUCAGAGAAUUUGAUGGAUGAUUUUGUUUUGGUGUCAUAAAGCCAGAAUAUUUAAAAAUAAGUAAAUAAGAAUCAGGAUCUACAGACACUACAUAUUUGCUGAGAUGUAACACAUGUACCUAUGUGCUUUGUUUCAUGUCACUCCAAACUUUUUAUUUUUACCUGAAAUGUGCAUCCAUUGUCUCUCACAGCCGUUAAGCCCCUUGUCCCUUCUGUCAUAGAUUUGGUCUUGUUUACUUUAUGUAUGUAUCUGUCCAGUAAUAAGUGCCUUUUGUAUACUUUACUAUUAUAUAGCUAGAUACGGAACUACUGUAUUCAUGUGUUGCUGGUUUAAAAUGUCUUAGCAAAGGAAUAUCGGAAUCAUUUGUUAUAGAGGAGAUCAUUUGUCAUAUCAUUUGGGAAAUAAACUAAUUUGCAGUUCUGAACAA